AUGUCUACAGGUGCAAAUUCAUCGGCUGAAGUCAAUAAAAUGUCGCGCACAAUUGACGUCGGUGCGUUCUGGAAUACCAUUCGACAAGAAGUAAACAUAAUACCAGAAAAUGCAUACGAUAAAAAGAUAACAGAAGAGCAAAACAACCAUACAACAACAAAAAAGAAUUGUAUAGUAAAUGCCAGCUCGACCCCGACCAUGGUGUUCUCUGUGAUCGGGGACUCCGACAGUUUCGUCCCCAGACCCUGGCCAAAGACAGUGUUCCAGACAGCUCUUAUAGAAGCAGCCAAAAGUGGCGGAGAAACCUGGAUAUUAUUUCGCAAGAACAAGGAAGUAGUUUCAAACGUCAUACAGGAGGCUUAUGGACAUUAUGAGGACAUGGAAUUUGGAGAAGAUAAAGAUGAAAAGAGUAUUGGUGAUCCACAACGUCACAUUAAACUCAUCAAUAUUGCCCCCCAAAAGCCUUUAGAUGAUACGUCGGAAGAUUUUAAUACAGAAACCUGGCCAUGUGAAUAUACAAAAGCAAUUUACGAGAAGAUCAUCGGAGAGGAUGAAGAUCAACUGCUAGAAUUUGAAAAACAUAUUUCAAAACAAGAAGUAUCGUUUUUCAAUCCGGAAAUGAAUAUAAAAAUGCCUGUCCCCAUUGCUAUCAUAGUCUGUGAAGGGGAUUUGAGAACUAUUGUACAUGUAGCUAAAGCACUCAAAGAAAACGUCCCAGUGAUCAUUAUGAAAGGAUCGGGAAAAGCGGCAGAUUUGGUGCUUGACUACAUUGACAAAAAUGACGAAUUUCGUAAGAAAGCCAGUAACUCAUUCGGAAUUCAGUUUGAUAAUGACAAAUAUAGAUUAUUGCGAAAGUAUCUUGGAAAAAUUAUCAGACAUAAGGAUAUUAUUGGAGUUUUUGACCUAAAUGAAGAUGAUCCAUUGAAGCUGUCAAAUAUUGUAGGAGAAACGGUGGUCAGUUGCUGGUCCAUGAAACAUGUAAUUCCAACUCAAGAUAACGUACAAGAAAAUUAUGAAACAAAAGAUGGCUCAUCAGGAAAAAGCAGCACACAUGUUCACGAUGAUGACCCUACACUCAAAGGCUUUUCAUUAACUUGGAAAUUUUUGCAAAAAAAUUCCGUUAGACCAGAGGAGAGAAUAUUUGAAGGCUUCAACAUGGAAUCUAGAGCACACAUCUUAAAUCCAAAAUUUUCUACGCCUACAUCACUCCCACUCUAUUUUUAUUUUGUGUACCAACUUUUACAAGAAUCAAGAAAGUUAGAAAAAUUUGGACCAACUUUGCUUCUGGAAGCACUUAAAGCAAAUCGAUGUGAUUACGUGAGAGUCUUGUUGGCUAAAGGUGUGAAUUUCAGGAGAAGUGAUUUGCCUGAACUGUACAGACAGACUGUCGCAUGCAACGGUUGUGGUGAAGAUCCCCCAUGUUUGCAUAUAGAGUGGAUUUUAAAGCAAUUGGCAGAAAACCAUACCAAAACAAUGUGUCAACUAUCCAAUGAUUUGAGCACAACAGGAAAUAUAGAGGAAGGAAACAGCUCGCAAGAUUUUAAAGUAGCAGACGCGGCUGAAGCUUUGUGUCGCACAAUUUUGAGAUACGAAAAGUGCAUUCGAUGUGGUAUGGCUGAAAAUUACAAUUGCUGUCUUUUGAAGUCUGAACAAAAGAGAUCGCCCCCUAGAAAAGAUAAAACAACUAUUUCAGAUAUCUUACUCUGGGCUAUUUUUGCCAACAGAAAGGAAUUGGCUGAAAUUUGUUGGCUUAGGAGUGAAAACCAUCUCUUGACAGGAUUGGUGUGUUCGGCAAUUCUCAAAAAGCUAUCAAAGAAAGCAAACAAUGUCAAGGAACAUGUCUUAUCUAAUGAUCUGGAGGAACAUUCAAAGUUGUUUGAACAGCGUUGCAUUGCCUUAAUGAAAAGCAUGUACAAGGAAAACACAACUCAUGCCAUUGAUCUGAUGGAUGAUGAGGCAUAUGUAUGGGGAAUACAUUCCAGUCCCCUUGCCUUUGCUCACGAGAACUUUAUGUACGAUAUAGUUGCGCACACGUGCUCCCAAAAGAACAUGAACAAACAUUGGUACAACAACUUACCACCUGACAUUGGACCGUUCGUGAACUCAAUAUUCACCAAGCCAAGACAGUUUCUUACUGCCCCGCUGACUAAAUACGUCAUCAAUUACUUUCUGUUUUUCAUAAUGCUGAUCAUGUACAGCGCCUUUGUACUGACAAGUAUAAGCACCAAAUACUACGUACAUGACAUUGCUAAAGUCUUCGAAUACUACGUAUAUUUCUGGGGCGCUGGGGAUUUAAUGGAAGAAAUCAUCAGCUGUUUUGGAUGCAUGGAAAACCAAAGUCGCUCUGAUCGAAACUACUACCGCAGGAUGAAGAGAUACUUUAACGACUUCUGGAAUGUGGUGGACUUAUUGUCAUACGUCUUAUUAAUAGCGGCAUUUGCUGUGCGUCAUAUGCAUCCUUCUCAAACAUUUACUGUUGCAAGACGCAUGUUUUCUCUGUCUUUGCUUGUGAUGUAUUUGAGGUUCUUGGAAGUUUUUCUUAUCCACAGAAAAAUGGGACCAACGCUUAUUAUGAUCAAAGAAAUGCUCAAGGACUUACUCAGAUUCCUGUCCAUAGCUGUGUUUGUGGUGUUGGGAGUCGGUAUUUAUUAUCAUGCCAACCUAUGGCCGGACCAUCAAACAAUGUGGAGCGGUGAUUGGACCAACUGGAGGAUCUGGACCAUUAUAUACUACCCGUACUGGCAGCUCUACGGAGAACUGAAUCUUGACUACCUCGAUGGUAGUAAACCUGAUUACGAUGAAGGCGAAUGUACCAAUAUAACAACUGAAUGGGAAUCCGACACUUCUCAACAACGAUGUCCUCAAGAAGAUUGGACUGUACAAGCCGUGUCUGCAGCAUAUAUGUUAUUUACUAAUCUUUUGUUGGUCAACCUUGUCAUCGCCAUGUUCAGCUAUACAUUUGAGAGAGUACAGGAGAACUCCGAGAAGUUGUGGAGAUUUGAGAGAUAUACUGUGAUCAAUGACUACGAUUGGAGAAUUCCCUCUCCUUUUAACCUUGUAUUACUUCCAGUCCGCGUCGCCUGUUAUAUAAGAAAGAGGAAAUGCUGUCUUCCUUGUUGCAAACUAAACUGCUGCUGUAACUGGAAAAACAAUGAAAAGGAUAAGAAAAAAGUGGAGUUCCGCAAAAACUUUCAAAAAAUUAUAGCGCUCAGAAAUCAUAACAAAAUUUAA